CACCAAAACAAGCCGGACCAGCGUCACUCUGGUACACAACAACACGCCGCUCUCUUUGUCCUUUCUUUUGUUGUCAACCACCCUGAAUCCUCGCUUCUUGGGCGCGCUUGAGCCUACUCUGAUCGUAAACUACGGCACACGACACCUUCGACCUAUAUACCUCACGAUACAAGCGCAAGAGCCAUGUCAGGCUUCAUAACCACAAUGUUCGUCUCCUCUCCAUCUAGUAUUCAGUUCCCCGCGAAACCUAAACCCAUUUCCCCUGUAUCCACGUUUGUCCAGAGCCAGAGCUGCAUGAAUCUCCGGAUGAGUUUAUACGAUUACGAGGAACGAAGUGUCCCUGGAGGGAUAUGGAUACAAGGCCUAGGUCCAUAUGACGAGAAGGACAUGCUCACGAGCCUCGCGGUCCCCAGAGAGACGUACAAGAGUCCGUUACAGCGGCUAGGGGAAGCACUCCGGCUGCCACCGUCUGGCAAUGCCCUCACAAAAGCGCUGGCCGAAGACAACACGCCGAAUGCGCGAGGCCGGCCGGCACCAAAGCAGCGUGCCAGACAGCCAAUCCGCCCGGAAAGCCCCUUGCGCCCGCCCGCCGAACAUUCAUACAGCCUUGUUCCUGGUGGUAACAACGCGCCUGCCUGUAACAAGUCUGCUUGUGAGAUAGUUCUGGACUCCGAACAGCGACACUAUCCUCCGAACGACUGCAAUAAGAUGGAACCCACGGCCAGGCCACUCCCCUACCCGCCGCACAAUGAUUAUUCUGCGAACCCUAACUUACUUUCUUCUCUCUUUAGUAACCCGCGCACUCGUGCACCAUUCAAGCCACAAAAGUCGAAUCGAGGUACAAGCAGCUGGCAGCUAAAGCAAUAUGCGGAGGCGACACUCGGUAGUGGCAGUCUGAGGAAGGCUGUCAAGCUACCCGAGGGCGAAGACAAGGAUGAAUGGCUAGCCGUCAACAUUGUCGACUUCUACAACCAGAUCAACCUGCUCUACGGGUCUAUCACCGAGUUUUGCUCGCCACAGAGCUGCCCCGAGAUGAAGGCUACAGACGAGUUUGAGUACCUCUGGCAAGAUAGCGAGAACUACAAGCGGCCAACCAAGAUGCCUGCGCCCGAGUACAUUGAGCACUUGAUGGCAUGGGUGCAGUCCAACGUCGAUAAUGAGCAGAUGUUCCCAAGCCGCAUCGGCGUGCCAUUUCCGAAGACAUUCCCUUCGCUUAUCCGCAACAUGUUCAAGCGCCUCUACCGUGUCUACGCGCACAUCUAUUGUCACCACUACCCCGUCAUUAUCGAGCUUGGUCUGGAACCCCAUCUAAACACAAGCUUCAAGCACUACGUGCUGUUCAUCGAUGAGCACGGACUGGCGAACGGUAGCAAAGACUUCUGGGGUCCUCUUGGCGACCUCGUGGAGAGUAUGCUGAGAAGUGACUAGACGGCUUACCGUGAUAGUCAAAAGAUGGUGGAGUUCUUCUGGAAUACAAUCAGCCGCUACGGUAUGGAGCUGGCCUUCGGCGUUUGGGUAAUGGGGGUAUGCAUAUACGGAAUGAUAUCCAGAGCACUUCUUUCACGAUGUACGAGUAUUACGGCCGACGAAUCAAACAGGAUGGCGUUUUGAGCUCAGAUUACACUUUUAGAAAUGUGUGGCGUUCCUUUGUUGACACGCCGAUGCACCUACACGGAGGCACCCCAGAUCUGACACAUGGUUCGAGUUUUCAUGCAUGAGCUCGCCGAACUGGGUCCUGUGUAACCUGCCACGCGAGUGAGCGGCCGUUGCACGGCGUUUGCUUUUCCCCGGCGUCAGUUGAAGAGAUUGACAACCUUGCGGAGCUGCACGCCGUAUUCACGCCU